AUGGUGUGGACAAUAGGAAUGGGUCAAGAUGGAAAAACGAGAAGCGACGGCCAAAAAAUGAUAGCGUUUCGUAUUCAACAACAAAUGUCUCAAAACAAAUACGCCCCGGCCGCUGGAGUCGAUGGGAUGGGCUUGGCCCCUUUUCCACGAGUCAUUGAGGGGUUUAGCGCAAGGCAAAGACGAAUGGCCGUAUCCAGCAUCCUUGCCGUUGUCCAGACAGAGUCACAGCACAACGUGCAGCUGAAAAGCUGGCUCCAGAUCCAAUCAAAACCCCUCGGAAUCCAGGCGUUGGGACGGGCAAUCUCCCAGGCCGUUCCGGAGCAAGGACGGUGGACGCUGGACACUUGA